UGCUUUCAGCGGUGCCUGCGCACAUUGGCUUAGAGCCAGUUCCAUCUCGGUGCGCUCCAGGGCAAGGUGAAUCGUAGUAGGGCGGCGGUCGUCUCUCAGCGCAGCGCUGCACAUAAACAAAAUUCAAAGAAUGUCCCAAAACGCACCCGAACGACCCGAGCAUGCCGGUGGGGUCUCCAACACCAGUGGAGAGCGGCCUGCUGAAGAGCGCCGCAGCAGUCUCAAGCAUAGUGUCGGUACCGAAGGUCGCAAAUCUGAGGGCGGGGCUAUUGACCACGGGGCAUCCCAGCAGAUACCCUCAGCCCCUGAGAAGGAGGAAGUGGUGGCCCCUGGGAAGAAUCAGGGAGAGAACGCGUCGCUCGUCAGCAGAGUUACGGUCGGUGCCGAGCCAGACGUGGCCUUCGCCGGCACUGUGGUGGACACUCCGGUGCGGAAUAUUCUGGCUGCGCCCAGCGGUGCUGCAGAGGUUCUGCAAGCCGCGCUUCAUGCUGGCCAACAUGUGCGCCAUCACCUUCACGCACAGCUUCCUCACCAACGGCUGCAUCAACGUGGUGCUGCCCACGCUCGAGCGGCGCUUUCAGCUCCGCAGCUUCGAGAGCGCCAUGAUCAUCAGCACGUACAACGUGGCCAACUGCAUCGCCAUCGCGCCCAUCGCUUUCAUGGGCACCAGUCGCAACAAGCCGGUGUUCAUCGGUGUCGGCGUCCUGACCGUGGGCGUGGGCGCCCUCCUCUUCAGCUCGGUCCACUUCAUCGCGCCCUCCUACCAGUGGGGUUCCGAGUUGCAGGACCUCUGUCCGGCGGGUCAACUUCCGGACGACCUCUGCCUCAGCGGUGACGUACGCAACUACCGGUUCCUGCUGAUGCUGGCACACGCCCUGCACGGCAUCGGCUCGACCCCAUUCUACACGCUGGGCGUCUCGUACCUGGACGAGAACGUGCCCACCAGGAUGGUCUCCACGUACCUGGGUAAAAGCUCGGUGCUUUUAAACGGCACCUAA